UCGCAUGCUGUAGUCGGUGGUGCGGCCGCCAUGUGGUCCGGUGCGUGCGACCACACGUGAGCCAUGGGCAGCGACUUCACCCGCUAAGCCGCCACCCAGUCAUGGUUAGGGUGUUCCACCUGGGGCUGGUUGCUGCUGUUCUGAGUGCCCUGUCGUUGGCCAGACCCCUACAGCCGGAUAGACUGGAGGCGCACGAGCUGAUGGUGGCGCCCGAGCUGGCCGUGCGCAGUGAGCGCAGCGCCAACCUGUCGCACAUCACGGGACCCGCGCGCAAGAUUCAGAUGUACAUCAAGAACAGACACUUGCAGAUCCUGCCUGACGGCACCGUCAACGGCACGAGUGACGAUGUCAGCGACUACACGAUACUGCAGAGGACGUCGGUCAAUAAGGGUCAACUGAAGAUCCAAGGAGUGGCAACGUGCCUGUACUUGUGUAUGGACAGUUGCGGGCUGUUAUACGGCUCGAAAGAAUUCACGAAAGACUGUAUCUUCAACGAAAUCUUCGAGCAGCACCACUACAACACGUACACGUCGGCGCGCUACUCGGACGGCCGGCGCACGCUGUACGUGGCGCUGAACAAGCGCGGGCUGCCGCGCAAGGUGCAAGUGCGGGCGGGCGCGCCGCUGCGCCGCCUCAGCACGUACACGCGUACGCUCACCAAGCCGGCGCCGCAGGCCGCCCCCACGGCGCACCCGCUGCGCCACCACGCGCACCACCAGCUGUGCCCCGUGUCGCGGGCGCCCGCGCAGACGCCCGACGACGCGGCCGCCGACGGCGACGCCGACGGCCGCGACAAGACGCGCUGCCGGCGCCGACGCAAACGCAAGAAGAGGAAGCGGCGCUGCCGCGAGGGCGAGCCGGAGGGAGAAGACUGCCAGGGCCGGGGCAAGGGGCAGGCGCGGCGGCCCGCCAAGGGCGGCAAGGCCCGCCGCCGGUGCAAGGACGCGGCCGACCGCGAGCAGUGCCGGCGGCAGCGCCAGCGCCAGCGCCAGCGGCGGAGGGGCCGCGACCGCAGCCGCGGCCGCGCCAGGCGCCGCAAGCAGGCCGCCGCCGACUCUAGCUUUAAGGACCGGACGAACCAAAGAGAUCUGGAAGGCAGCGGCAGCGCGGAGCCCGCGGAAAGACUGACGGCGGAGGCGGCGGCGGCCGCGGCGGAGGCGACGACGGUCCGCCCGCAAUGACUCACCGCACCCCUGUGGCUCGCCGCGGCCAGCGUUCUCCACUCGACUCGCGACACCCUGCGUGCUCACACUCUCUCCACACACAGACUCUUUUAUAAAUAGAUUUACAAGGUAGAUUACUCUUCGAUUGUAUUAUUUGCAGUAAAAGUGUACGUCAUUGUUGUAUAUAGUGUAUAUAUUUUAUUUACGUCUAAGGCCUUUCCGUUUUUCCCUUUUUUCUCUCUCGUCUGUUAGCCGACAGUUUCUCUCUCCCGCAGUAGGCUCUUUAGUAGAUUUUUCCUCGUAUGUCCUGGCUGGAUUGUGGGAAGACUGUGGCAAAAUUUACUAGCCAAGUCGUCUGGGAUUGCCGGUGGAGUAAAGACAUCGAAACGUCGCGCAUUCAGAUGGCUCUGCUACAUAGGCUGCCCGAGACGGUGUCAGCUGAAAUCGGCGAACGAGCGAUCUCUCUCCGUCUGUCCCUCCUCCUUUGUAUCCGUCAAAAGUGAGUCGUGUCUUCCCGCCCUCGUGUAUGAGACGUUCUAACGUAUCCGCAAACAGAGCUCCGUCUUCGGGUACGUUCGGCGAAAUUCGGUGGCUCGUUCGUUAUUCGACACGUGCGGAGGCACCCUGUGCUCCUCUCGCACUAUUCGCUCUGUCGCACAGUCGUAGCGAGAGUGAAUUCCGUCUGGUACGACGAAAGAGCCAGUUGCCACUUUUGUAUAUUAAAUACGAUCACGAGAACGUGUUCUAAAAGACAGGCCCAAAAGGUUUGGAACGGCAGCAUUCGCGGUUUGGGUUGCGCGACUUCCAAUUCCUUUACUUUUGUGCGCUCAGUGGACUACUUCGAAUAACUUCUCUCUCCUGUACAUCUGUCACACACUGUUCUGUACAGUAAGCUCGAUUAUUGAAACACUUCAGUAUUCACGGUCUGAAAAAUAUGUUACCGCUGUACAAUAAUCUCCCCGCGAUACGUCGGCCAAAAUGGAGUUUUUUGUAUACCAGAAUUGGUUCCCAAUGAGCGCAGUGCAACCUUGUGUAUAUUUUCGUCGAUCCCCGAGAUCUAAAAUGUUGUGCUCGCUCCCGAAGUAUAUUGUGUCACAGUAUUUGUUUCAGCCGUGUGUGUGAAAAUUUACUAUCGUCGUAUUUAAUUAAGUUUUACGUUACCAUACAUUCAUAUGCUGCGUGUAAGUUUUAUCAGUAUUAUGUACCUAACAAAAUCAAGUAUUGCUUAAAUAUUGGCCCGCCAGCGACCCACCCAGUAGCUAUGAAUUUGAGCUGCCACCAAACGUGUACUGAACAUACCCGAAUGAACACUGCAUUAAUGUACUACUUAUGUGCUCCAUUCACGGAUUAGUUGAAACAGUUUAUUCGCAUCGUUUAGAAAUUGUCGAUUUUUUGUAAAAUUUUUUAGUCGUCGCAAGAAGAAGUUCUGUUUUUAAUGCAGUUCAGGCCACACAGUGCCACUAUUGAUUUCCAGUUUAGUUCGGUAAAACAAGAAAAAUUUGAAAUACUCUAGGGUGCGUAAGCAGUGAGUACUGAAUGUCUGAAUGCGAAUGAAUGUAAUUUAUAUGUGAAAUUGCCUCUAAAGUCCAAAUAUCUUUUCAGAGAAACUGUGCUGUAGCGAAGAUCGAAGAAAGGAACGAAAUACAUGAAAGACGUCAAUGUUAACUAUUGUGGUUUCACGUUUCACUCAAGAGCAAGACGGAACUACUCAGGGACAUUGUAACGAUAGAAAUGAAACGUGCGGAUGACACAGACCAUACGCGAGGCAUUUUUGUGUUGGAGUAGGUCAAAAUACUUUUGCCAGAGACCGAGUUUUAAAUUGUGGAAAGCAAUUAACAUCCAGAGGAUCAACGACAAACAUUUCCUAGAAGAUUGACAAAAUAUUUGGAGCUAAUGUUCCUGGGCCGUAGGUGCAUCAUAAAAAAAAAUAAAAGAGAGAGAGAGAGAGAGAGACAGUGCCAUAAUUGCUUCUGCAGUAACGGCUUUUCCACGUCUCAUAAGAGACGCCCAAAGCGAAAAAGCUCAUUGUAUGGGUUUCAGUUUCCCUGUUGAUUUUGUCAUGCAGUAUGUAAUUAUUUUUAGGAUAUCAAAUACCUUAAAAUUAUGGCAAACGAAAAUAUCAAUUAAAUUCGUUCAGCAUAAUUAUUUGUACAUACAAUAUUGUAAUAAUGAGCAUGGAAAAAUCAUUUGAGUGUGCCGUAGAAAAAACAGACAACUAACUUUUAUCUAAUAGGUGUUAAAACACCUUGCUUACAGUAACAGCUGUGUCGGUGGAAGGGGCGUAUCUUCUGCAAUUUUUCUGAAAACUAAUUAUGACACAAUGGCACUAGAAUAAAAAAUAUUUUUGUCAUGUAUGUUAGUGAGUAUUGUAUGAAGAACAGUAAAAAUAUUUAAGAAUUUAUCACACUAUGAAAUUAAGGUGUGUUUUAGUAUUACCUACUGUGAAAUUGAAUGUCAGUAAACUGAUAAUUUUAAAGGUCAAAAAGUAACUUAAAAUAGUGUACAAUUUUCGUACUAACUAUCUAACAUUUAUGUACAACAAAAUAACUAUUCUUCAAGAUUAUUGAACUGAAAAAAAAAAAAAAACGAAAUCAUCUUCAUGAAAAGCAGUCGAUUCAGCAGUUGCUGACAUUCCCGCCACCGAAUGCUGAAAUCAUCUAACUGUAAUAACAUAAUAUAGAUGACAAUGGUGAUGCAGUAUUAUUAGUUUUAAAUGAGCACCUCAAUAAAAUGUAACUGCUUAACUUUAAAAUGUAUUCAUUACAAAAUAUCAUCAUAAUCCUACAUGAACUUUAGUCAAAUCACUGAAUAUGUAUGUAGACAAAAUGCCAAAGACAAUUCAGUAUCCUACUAAUAUUCAGAGCUAAUUACCUGUAACCUCAAUAGAAUAAAUGAAUCUUUCACAAACAAAUGACUGACUAAGGCUGAAGAAGCAAGUUUCUCUGAAAUACCGUACACCUAUUUAUCCAGCCGUUCUGCGUGCAUAGCACGUUUGAUGUCACAGUGCCAAGAACUUAAUUUCUGAAGAACAGAAAAUAUAUAUGUUAAUUAGAAAUUGCUUAUUAAUUCUCGUGUUAGUGGGAUACAUUCCCUUUCGUCAGCACUAAAGACAUUUUUGAAUCUCAUCACUGUUGAAGAAGUACUAUAUUCAACACAUAACAGUGAUUUUGUUUUUCAUUUAUUUUUUGUGUUUUACCAUUGCACUACUAAAAAGUGGUCGUAAAAAUAUGUAAGUGCCUUGCAAAGAAUUCCUUGUAUGAUGAGAUGGAUCAUAGCUCUAAAUCAUUUCAUAGAGGCUGUACUACUAUGUAUGCAAGAAAAUUUCACUGCCAUUACAACAUUAAAAUUAAUUUGUCUCUAAGACCUUGAUAUUUACAGAUAUAAUUUAUUUGACAAGUAUUUAAAACUUAUAUGAGGCAAUUUGUAAUGUGUUUAAAUGUUUGUUUGUAUUUGAUAAGUAUGAAUCUUUUGUACGCCGUAAAAUGUGUCAACAGUAAUGUAUGUUUAUUGUGUAAUAAGAGAAUCGUAAGCAGAAGAAAAUAAUGAAUAUGUCCCUCCGAAAUGUUCUAACAGAUGUAUAUUUCUUACCGCUGUAGGAAUCAACUGAUGUUGCAUUUAGAAAGACACGUGUAAUGCAUGUAGAGUUAAAUUUUCAGGAAACAAAAUAAUAUUAAUAAAUUAAUAAAUAAAAAUAAA